AUGAUCUUUGGUCACCCCCAACGUCCGCAUACGCCCAUUAAAUGCGUGUUGGAGCAUAGAUACAAGACUGAGUUUGAUGAGGCAGCGAUCGCGUAAGUCGAACAAUUUUUGCGUUCCGAGUAAUCCUGAUUCCUCUUCCGGAAGUUUAUUAAGAUCGUCUGGAAAGUGUUUUUCUUAAAGGCCCUUCUUGAUACAAGAGGCUCAACUAUUUUACGUUGAGAGUUUCACAUUUCAUGACAGCGAACACUAUCAUCAAAAGUUAGUUAGGCGCUUGAUAGACUUGGAAAAUACGAACACUGUUGCCUUUUAAGUUCCAGUAGCCGAUUUUCAGACAUGCCAGCAUGCUUCUCAAGUUCAGUCACAGUCUUCCAACCGGGAUGUUUGUAUGAAUAGGUACCUAGUGAGAACUAUCAAAAUCUGAACGGACUUUUACGACGAAGACAUUUUGUUUAGGAAUAGCCUUAGGUAAAAUUUAGAUCUACUUGUCAAUUAUGACCUGCAUCACAAGUCAAGAAACUGGAGUAACUGGGGCUCGUUUUCCAAUGCCGGAAGCGCUUUAUGCGCUGAAGAUAAUAACAUGCUCCAGCUAAAAGAAAACCUUACUGCAAAAUACGGAGGAGUCUCCAGCUCUCUCUCGAGAUGUCCUUUUUAACAACUUAGGACGCCGCGUCCUGCCAGCACAGGGUUCGAUUAUGGAACAAGCUGAAUUACUGUCCGGCAGACUGUGCAGUUUGGAAACAGUCUUGUCGGUGACUGCACGAAGAUUGUGUGUCGAUAUGUUUGCGCCCUUCUGCUUAUUCGAGCCAGCCGUGCGGGAGUCAACUGCGCAGUUUUACCUCGGCAUUCGCAGCAUUCUGUGUUAUAGUAUUACUGAGGGAGUAAGUAAAGCAUCCUUAGUCUGCAUCGGCAGCACGCCUGACGAAAACUCAAUCUUUUAAUUUCCCAGUACUCCUUAUGCAUAUCAGAGCGAUAUUCUGGUGAACGCUCAGUCUAGCCCUCGAUGGAAUCCAAACUCAAACUGUAGGACUUUCCGUGUCUAGUAUUGGGGCAUAGUUGGCCGAUAGGGGAUAACAAAGCAGAAGCGACUUUUCCUGUCUCUCUUAUUUUUUGUUUCUCAUCAUCACCGUUCUGUACAGAUUUCCACAGGCGAACUCAGACGAAUAGCUAUGAACACAGGUGCUCAUAAUAUGCUCUCUUCAGGUAAGCUUGGUGACAUGCUGGUUACCUAUUGAUGGGGUCGCAGUUGUUGGUUUCCGGCUGGCGAUAAGAUAAUACAAUAGCAAGGCAGCCUCGGAUGAUUUUUACUCAGAAAAAGGCAGGAACCGGGUUAGUUUCGGAGCUUUACAGGUGCCACCUGCGCAAAUUUCUGUCGCGAAUUAAGUGCCGGGUUAUGUAGCCUGCUUAGCAUCAACCUCAAGGUACCCAACAGAUCAGUUAGAGGGCUUCUUUGUGGACCUGAUAGAGGUGGGGGAUCGCAGCUUCGCGAUGACCUGCAUUCCUGCAGCCUGUUAAUUAUGGGCGUGUAAGUUUAAAUAUGCAUGAGUGUGGUCUGACCCUAAAAUUUGAUAACAGUGUUCAGGCGACUUCUUUCCUCAUGCAAUGAUUCAAACAGCAGCCAACUGAAUCAUUCACUCCGGAUUAUUUCCUGGAGUACUAUUUAUUUUUUCAGAACCAUACUUUGUGAUCUCAGUAUUCAUUUCUGAGGUUAAAUUGAAGGAUACUCCCUAGGCAUUUAAAAAUAUUUCUCGUUAUUUGUCGGACAUCUAGUUAUGCUUAGUCUCUAAAGCAAAGGUGCGAAGGAUGACUUUACGUGGCUAUAACCACCGCUGGUUUAACCAAUCCCGAGGUUCACGGCGCGCCCUAUGACGGACGGCCAGGCGCCAAAAUUUGCUGUCCAAUUUGCGUUCCAUUUACAAAUGCUGAUGACUGGCGGAGCCAGCGUCCUCUCCAUAUCUAACUUAACCACAUCCGUCCCUCUUCUAGUGCACUGCCAUGGCAGCUUUGUAUUCAAAGGGGGGGGCGAAAUUGUAGGCGAGCUUCGUUUUGGAUCAAAGGAGCAGGUGACCUAACCAUCCGGGAUAGAGCCCCUUGUUGUAUCAACAAUCGAUGGCCCCGACCGAAAGUAGAGUUAACGUUCGGGACGUGGUCCGUGGGACUACAGAGUGGUCUCCUCCUAGGCAUCACCUGAAUGACGCAUCAAUCUGCUCUAGGUCAGUAACGCACAGAGUCCCGCCUUCGAAGAUGCCCCACAUAUUAAUAUUUGGCCUUUGUUGAGCCCAACAUUGCACAAGCACAAUAGUAGUCAAAAAGAACAUGUAAUGCGCUAUUUACAGGUGACGGCUUGUUUCUUUUGUGGCAUUGGUCCAUCAGUUAGAGGAAUCACAGCACCGAUUAAAGCCUGUUGUCCACCACGAAGAGGAAACCUUGGUUGUGGUGCAAGGCCGUCAAGCAACGCUUUUAUUCUUUUCGGCACCCAAUCCAAGGCUAAACUCUACGAGGCGAUAAUGAUGUUAACAGCGGGUUAAGUUUCCCCGGGAGUCGCAAACAGGACAAAGUUAUAGACAUAUUAAAAUUUGAGACCCGCAGACUUUGGUUCACCUGGGCACCCUAGUCGGAGCAGCACAUGCAGUCUCCAGUUGGCAGUCAGUCCUCAUCCCAAGUUUUGUUGCUUUAUAGACGAUUGCUGACUGCCUGAACGCUGGCAGUGGACAUUCGUCAGCAUACAGGGUUUCCCAUGCGGCAGCUGCGGUAUAAGCUACGCCGUGCACGCUAUAGCCAAAACUGCCUGCUUAUUGACGUGGUAUGGAGGCCUUCCCUUGAUUUGACAGUGACUGACGAAACCGGAAGACUUUUACCGCACAGCCAACAGUGGGGUCCACCACAAUUCAAACACCACGCCUGAUGACGUGCUGUGGAGAGCGGGCCUCCUGAAGCCUGAGGUGCAUCUAUCCAACGCAAAAGUGGGUGAUGCUGGUCGAUUUCAAGUUCUUGGGUUUGCGCCCUACUAUGACCCAGAUGGGUAAGCGGGAUCUCGUCGACGGCGUCCGUAAAUAUGGUGAACUCUCCAUCCACACAGGGCAUUUGGACAUCAUUUCCUAGAAAAGCAAAGUUUGCAAUAUCCCUACCAUGAAGUUAACUAGUCCGCUUUAUUUAAGCAUGCGAAAAACGAUCACUCGAAUCGGAGUGGCUUUCAUGAACAACACGGAACGGAAAUGGAGUCCCAUUCUCGUGGACGUACGGACUAUGGUAUGCCCGCCACCAUUCUUGUUUCGCACCAUCGGUGAAAGUCAACGGGCACGCUUUGCAGCCGUUCUGUAAUUUCGAUACCAUGUCAGUCUUUGUGAGUAAACCCAGUGCGAACUGUAGCUACCCAAAUAUUUUUCCUCGAGCAAGUCGGUCACCGUUGUUUAGUCAUCACUUAUAGCGAAGGUGUGGACGACUUAGCGGUCACCAUGUCGAGUCUGCCGAAGCCAGCCCUCCUUCAAAGGGCACCAGCUGCGUCGCCUACUUAGCUAGACGUACAAGUAGGACCAGUUCUGCAAGUACUUCCCAAUAACAAGACCUCUGGUAGGUAGGCCCGGUUCAGUGGCUUUCCCGUUUGCAGUAGGUAAAUGGGUGGCAUAGCUCAAACGCAUGAAGCAGCAGUCUAGUCCUACUUCACGAGUGCCGAAGAGCUUACCACGCUUUGGUCGGGGGACCUCGUACGGAACUGUCUAGAACUCAGAUAAUGGUAGAGAAGGCGCACCGAUCGUUUCUACGCAACUCACUCGUCCCGUUGUGCCAUAGGGCUCUCUCUCGAGUCCAACCGGCAGCCGCGAAUUCGAGCCUUGGGUGUCGCACACCUCGGGGUUGGGUAUGACUGGUUAACGACGGCUAAUAAGCCAGAAAUGGCCAUUCCAGCCUCCCUAGUCUUUGUCGGUAAUACCAUUCUGCCUAUAGUACUCAGAUAUUCAUUACCGUCCACCUUCACUUACACCUAACCAAUGUGCUUCAGUAGCGAAUGUCUGUAGUGGAUGUCUUACUCAUCAUGUGACCUGACGGCAAAUCAGCAAGUUGGCAUUGGUUGUAUUUAUAUAAAAGCUAUGCGCGGAACCCUCGAUGACCCUACUGAUGUACUGAUGCAUUUUAUGCAUAAUACAUAACCUUCAAGGUUUGCGGAGACACUUUACAUCCAACACAGUGAUGCGACACAUAAGAAAGUCAUGAAGUGAUGUCCAAAGAUAGCCGCAAAUAGUCUUACAGGCGGUAUUUAGGAAUAUCCGAAAUUAUUUCCGAAUUGUUAUCUUGUGAGACAGAAUUUCCUACACAGCAGAUACGGCCGGUCGCCAAGAUGUUGGUUGAAGAACCAUCAAAAGCAGAUACGAUCCUGCGGAUUAACGGCUAACCCUUGGACAAAUAACCAAAAGGAACGCGGGCUUUAGACCCAGAUGGCCCCAAACCUGGAGCUGGGCGAGGCUGGCUGUCGAUGGCCAACGAGCCAGAAAUGGCCACCCAGUCUCCCUUGUUUUUGUCGGUAGUCUCCAUCAGCAUACAUCACCAAUCACUGCACGAUGGUCUAUGUUGCUCUAGAUCGAACCCCAAAGCGCAGGACAGGCAUGUCCCGCAACGCGAUCGGUGAGCGCCCUCUACCAUGGAUAUUACUUUCGUGACAUGAUCCAACGUAUUGAUAGCAUAGGUACUAGCUAAAAGCUCAGACACGUACUCCGUCGAUAUUCUGUCAAUGCAUGGGACUCGGCGUCCCCCGCGCUUUCUAGUAGAUAUUAUUUUAACUUAGGAAGCAAGUUUACCACACUAAUCAUGCUAUUUCUUCUCACCAUACAUCAGGCGCAACAAAAAGGUACUCAUGCAGUUGGCGAUAUCACAAAACAAGAUACCGCAACCCUACGACACGCUCAAGUCAGUCGCCGAGAUGGCACCUCUGUUGCCGCCACUGCAGGGCGGGAAGCCUUGGCACCAGCGUCGCUACAGACAAACGCCAGCGAGAGUGAGCAGCUACUGGACCAAGGAGGAGGAAAGCAAGAUUAUGGGGAAAAUAUUUGAGAAGCCCGUGUGUGAUGUGCAAACGGACUGA